AUGGUCUCCCUAUUCGCAGAUUUGGUCACGCCAAACGGAAUAAGCUACCAGCAGCCGCUCGGUCUCUUCAUCAACAAUCAAUUUGUCGCAUCCAAAUCUGGCGAGACGUUUGCGACCAUCGACCCUGCAACCGAACGGGAAAUCGCCCGCGUACACUCGGCCGGUGCCGGCGACGUCGAAGAUGCGGUGCGCGCCGCUCGUCAGGCUUUUGAGGAGGUCUGGUCUGAGGUCUCCAGCCAGGAGAGAGGCCGGAUACUGUGCAAGCUGGCCGACCUGAUAGAAGAGAAUGCCGAUGUCCUUGCAGCGAUCGAGUCUUGGGAUAAUGCUAUCCGAGAAGAUAUUCCCGAGGUGGUUGACACGCUGCGAUACUACGCAGGCUGGGUGGACAAAAGAUACGGACAAGAAGCUCGAGUGACUGACCUUGUUAUGCGACGCCAAGUGAUUCCUACAAAAGGGACACAACUCAACUAUACUGUGCCUGAGCCACUCGGUGUCUGCGGGCAAAUCAUUCCAUGGAACUACCCAAUCGUCAUGGCCUCGUGGAAGCUGGCCCCAGCUCUCGCUGCCGGCAAUACGGUUGUACUCAAGGUAUCGGAACAAACCCCCCUGUCGGCGCUGUUCCUCGCUAGUCUGAUUGCCUCUGCCGGCUUCCCACCUGGAGUUGUCAACAUAAUCAACGGAUAUGGAGCCGUCGCGGGUUCUGCCCUUGCGUCCCACCACGACGUAGACAAGAUUGCCUUUACUGGUUCUACCCAGACGGGCAAGGAGAUUAUGAAGCAGGCGGCAAACAACCUGAAGAGCGUGACGUUGGAGACUGGGGGCAAAUCGCCCUUGAUCAUCUUCAACGACGCCGACUUGGAUGCGGCCGUUGCAGCCGCCUAUCCCGGCAUCAUGGCCAAUGCUGGGCAGAAUUGCACAGCGAAUAGCCGCUUGCUGGUACAAAGGGACGCAUACGACCGCUUCCUGAAGCUCUUUAUAGCGAAAGCAGUUGCAGACGCCAACGUCGGGGACCCCUUCGCAGAGGAUACCUUUCAAGGCCCCCAGAUUACGCAGACGCAAUUUGACCGCAUCCUCUCGUACGUACAGUCUGGCAAGCAAGAGGGUGCUCAGCUUGUGCACGGGGGCAAAGCGCACAAGAAUCUAAACGGUAAGGGCUUCUUUCUCGAACCCACAAUCUUUACGGGCGUGACACCUCGGAUGCGCAUCUAUCGUGAAGAGAUCUUUGGCCCAUUUGUCGUUGUCCUGCCGUUCGAAUCCGAGUCGGAAGCCGUCCAAAUGGCCAACGACACCGAGUUUGGGCUGGCAGCGGCAGUCUUCACCAGGGACAUAACCCGAGCGCAUCGAAUCACGCGCAAGCUCAAGGCCGGCACCGUCUGGAUCAACGAUAGUCAGACGGUCGACCCUCGCAUACCUUUCGGUGGCUUCAAGCAGUCGGGUAUUGGUCAGGAGCAGGGAGAGGCCGGCAUCAAGGCGUACACAAACUACAAGACAGUGGUUGUCAACUUGUCUGCUAAUACUCAUAGUCCUGCCUCUCCAGGGCCAAAGCUAUAG